AUGGCUCCUCGCUCUCAAUUGGAGAUCGCCACGGCAUCUGUCGAGCGCCUUGUCAAAGAAGAGGCUUCGUACCACCGUGAGCUGCAGGAGCAGACGGAAAGAGUUAAGAAGCUGGAGUCCCAGGAGGGCGGCGAUGACGAAAACAGAGAGUACACAUUGAGGCAGGAGCGUCUGGCUCUCGAGGAAACCAAAAAGGUCCUCCCGACAUUGAAGCAGAAGAUUGAGGAUGCUAUAGCCAAGCUCAAUAGUUUGCUGGUUGAGGAAGGAAAGAAAGGCCCCGAAAGUAAUGUCGAGCAUAUUAAUGCUGCGAAGGAAGCCAUCGCCAAAGCCCGAACAGCGGAGCGGGAGAUCGCCUGA